UUCUAUCGCUUGUAUGUAUCAAUGAAUGACUUUUUAGUAUUGUAAUGAAUAAAAUUAAAAAAACAAUAGCGUUAUAUAGCUAGCAUCUAGCAUCGUAUAUUGAGAAAGAUAAAACGUUUUUCAUGGAAACAAUGUCAAACGAGAUCAACGAUCAUGUAAUUUAUUUCCAUUUUUAAAAGAUUUAUUCUUACUGAAAUUGUACGCUAAAAAUUCCCUGAGGUCUUUUUUUCGAUCUACAACAUAUAUGAGUUACGACUUUGAGUUUAUGAUUCGUGUUUUAUUGUAUAUCGCGCUUUAUUUCUUAUAAACGAAUGGUGCAGGAUAAAAGUUUUACACCGCAGCAGUGUUUUGUUCGAAGAAAUGGAAUUGUCGGCUGAUGGGAGAACCAUUAAAAGCUUUGAAGACAUACGAAUAAAUUUAAACGAAGAUUGUCGUAUCUGUUUACGAAGGUGUAACGAAGCAUGUCAACUGUUUCAAAACGACAAAGGCUUUUCUCAAAAACUAAUGGCACUUGCUGCUGUACAGGUAGAAGAAGGAGAUGGAUUGCCAUCAGUAAUAUGUUAUCAAUGUUCUCAACUUCUUGACAUGUCCUACAAUUUUCAAUGUCAGAUACAAAAAGCAGAUACAAAAUUACGUGGAAUAUUGAAACUUAAAUCAUGUACAGUAAAAGAUAUUGAAAAUGUAUUGAAAGUUGAAGAUAAUUUUUCUGAUAUUAUCUCAAAUACAAUAUUACAUAAAAAAGUUACAGAUAAUAUUAAUAAUGAUGUUAGAACAUGCAGUAACACUAUUGAUGAACCAUCUGUACAACUUGAUGUACAAAGUUUUUCCACUGAUCAACAUGUCUUUACUUCUGAAAUAAUUAAUGAUAAUGUAGAACCCAAUGACAAGUGCAAUUCAAUAAUUGUACUAGAGAAUAAACAAAAAACAUACAAAGUUGUAGAAAAUGUAAAAUUACCUCAAAGUUAUGAAAAAAUUACAAAUAAAUCAAAUAGUGUAACAUGUCAUUCGCCUAGUUUAAUUACAGAAACAGACUGUAUUAAAGAGGAUUUAUCUCAUGACAAAAAUUUAUCAGAAAGUGAUGAUAAUUCCAUUGACCAAAGUACUGUUAGCAGAGAACAAAUAUUCAAAACUGAAAUAAAAGAUGAGUUACAUUUAGAAGCAUUAUCCUAUAAUACACUUGCAGAAAAUUCAUCAAAAAAUAAUGAUAUUCAAAAAGAAGGAAAAUCUAUUGAUAAUUGUAGCGAUGAUGAGGAAAAACCUUUAAUUACCAGGACUUCAAGGCAGAAAUGUCUACAUUGCAUUAAAUCAUUUGCUACACGUUUAGCUUUACAAAGACAUAUGAUAGUACACAAGCACAAAACAAAAUUACGUUAUGUUUGUUACAUAUGUGAAAAACAAUUUUCAAAUAUUGCAAAAUUAAAAAGUCACAUUUUCAAUAGACAUGAUACACAUGAAAGUAAUAAAAAAAGAGUGAAAGAGAACAGUGAAGAUAAAGAUGUACAUUUAAAAACAGGACACCUUGAUAGUAAUUGUAAUAAUUCCAUCGAAAAUACUAAAACUGAAAAAAGAAAUUGUAAAUUUACAUGCAAAGUUUGUUCUAAACAAUUUACAUAUCAAAAAUCUUUUUUCACUCAUGCUAAAAGUCAUCCAGAAUAUAAUUCUGAAGAUUUAAAUGAUUUUUCUAGUGAAACUGGAACUCAAUUAAAUGAAAUCAAAAGUAAAUCGGUAUUGAAACAAAGUGAGUCAGAUGAUGGAAAUAAUGAUGAUAUUGAUGAUAUCGAUAAUGACGAUGACAAUGAUAAUGAUAAUGAUAAUGAUAAUUUACCAAUGGAAAGUCCUCAGUGUACACAGUGUGGAAAAUUAUUUGCAACCAAAAGAAAUCUUAAACGGCAUAUCUCUACUCACAGUGGUUUGAAGUACAAUUGUUCGACUUGUGGAAAAGGAUUUUCAAGAAUAGAUAAAUUAAAGGAUCAUGAGCAAUCAAAGCAUAAAGAUGAAAUAUUUGGUAACUCGGAAGAAGAAAAUGAAGAUGAUACAGAUAAUGAAAAUAAAGUUAAUAGUGGUUCUAAUGAUCGAAAAAAGGGUAGACAUAAUAGGCCACAUAAAUGUGCUAUUUGUCCAAAAGCAUUUGCUCAGCAACAGUCUUUAGCUAAUCACAUAGAAAGGCAUAAACGUGCUAAAGAUAGUCAAAAAAGAUUUCUGUGUGAAGUUUGUAGCAAAUGUUUUGCUCAAAGUGGUUCUCUGGUUGCUCACAUGCGUACUCAUACUGGCAUUAAACCAUAUGUGUGUAAUGUCUGCAGUAGAGCUUUCACUAAAAGCACCUAUCUACAAUUACAUUUAAGAACUCAUAGUGGAGAAAAGCCUUAUAUUUGUCAAUAUUGUAGUAGAGCAUUUGCACGUGCCAAUACUUUAGCCAGGCAUAUAACGAUGCAUACAGGAGAAGCUAAAUAUCACUGCCAAAUUUGUACUAAGUCUUUUAGACGAUUAACUUCAUUAAAUGAACACACGUACACGCAUACCGGUCAAAGACCAUAUGCAUGUAAAAUAUGUACAAAAAGAUAUAACAAUGCAGGUUCUUUGUAUGCACAUACAAAGAAAUGUAAAGCUCAGCAGUUGUCUAACUCAACAACAACUUUUACUCUUCCAAUGGAUAAUACAUUGCAACAAAAUGGUGCACCUACUCCACAGGUUUUAAUCUAUUCUCAAAGAAAACUGGUAGAGGAUGGUACUGUUGGUCAAGUUACACCAUCUCCACAAUAUAUGAUUGCUAAUGUACAUAAUCAAAAAGCCUUAUCUACAAAUAUUAUGCAACCAUUUACAGUUGAGGAUCCAAAUGUAUGUACAGUCAAUUCUAAACAGUUUAAAAAUCCUUAUUAUUCUAUAUAUCCAAAUGUAUAAGAUAUUCUGCUAAAGUAUAUUUAGUAAAAAAUGUAUAAUUAUAUAUCAAUCUGAUUGAUCAUCUAUUUUUAAGAUUUGAAUGAAAAUUAAAGUCUGAUUGUAGAACAUUAGAAUGCAACAGUAUUUGACGAAAGGAACAAAGACUUAUUAAAGUGUUAAGAAAUUAAGUUUGUCCAUUCGAUCAAUCGAAAUAAACUUUCGUAAACAUCUUUGAAUAAGAUUCUAGUUUUUAAAUAUUACUAAAAAUUCAAUUUUUCAUAUUCAGUUAUAAUGAAAUAAAAUAAAACUUUAUUAUUGUAAUGUAAAAUA